GAGGAGGAGGAGGAGGAGGAGCGAGAGCCGAGGAGGACCAGUUGGUGUAAGAGGUGGUUGGUGGCUGGACGGGUUCGCGAGCCGUUCCUGCCUCCUCCUCCUCCUCCUCCUCCUUACGUGCCCGCGUCUUCCUACGUGCUGACCCUACGCUGAGGACCUCGCUUCGGAGUGCUGACGCGGGAGGCCGGUGUGCGGUGUGCGGCCCGCCUGGUGGCCCCGGGAUGUGACUCAGGGCAUCAUCCAGGAGUCUUCUGCACGAGGACCACUUCCGAGGCGCCCCUGGGAGUGUGCGGCGCCCGUGGUGGUGAGAGAGGGCGCGGGGGACGUAUGUGCUGUGUGCGGGCGGCGUGGGUCAUGAGGGUGUCGUGGGUGUAGUCAUGUUGUCGGUUAUGGUGUCGGUGUGGUGGGCGUGGAUGACGGCGGUGGCCAACCCGUGCCCUUCCGCCGCCGCCCAUGACGCCCCGGCCGCCGCCCGCAAGACGUGCACCUUCCAGGAGGGGACGCCCACGCCCUCGCCCCAGCGCCCCCGCCGGUCCUCGUCCAGGAUUUGCAGAAAGUGUCGCAAGUUCCGUGACGGCCCGAGACGACACAGUUUCGACGUUGAGAAUGGCGCCUCGCCCGGCAGAAGCCCCCUGGACGGGACCUCGCCCUCGGCAGGUCUCGUCCUACAGAACUUUCCCCAGCGGAGGGAAAGUUUUCUCUACAGGAGCGACUCGGACUUCGAGAUGUCGCCUAAAAGCAUGUCUCGAAACUCCUCCAUCGCCUCGGAAGGGUCACGAGUUAUGUUGGCCACCUUGAGCGAGUCUCGUGGGGCUAAUGACGACAAGCCGAUACACGGGGAGGACCUCAUCGUGACCCCCUUCGCGCAGAUCUUGGCGUCGCUCCGCUCGGUGAGGAACACCUACACCAACCUCACCAAGGUGUCCACCUCCACUUCUGUGUGUGUCGCCCCCAUACCUUGCCUCGCCACACCUGCGGGGAUGAGACCUCAUGUGUUAAUGGAUGAGACCUACACCAAGGUGGCGCUGGAGACCCUGGAGGAGCUGGACUGGUGUCUGGACCAACUCGAGACGAUCCAGACCCACCGCUCCGUCUCCGACAUGGCGUCCUCCAAACCUCCCUGCCGGCCACACUCUCGCUGCCCGGCCGCCCACCGCCCACCGUCAUCCUCCCUCAGCCCGCCGCCCGUCACCUCGGCAGGACACCAUCCCUACGUCACCCUCGACGUCCCCGUCACCGUCGCGUCACGGGCGUCCGUGUGGUGCCGCGACACAGCCCGUGAGGCCAGACUGGACAGUUCCCCCUCCCCCCCCCAGCCCGCCCUUCCGCAGAGCCUCUGGCCUGUGCCCGCGCGGCGCUGGGCAUGCCGGCAGCGCGCUGCCCCUCGGCUAGCGGGGGCGGGCCACGUCAAGAUUGAGUCAGGUUCCCGGCAGGAGUGCGACGCCCCAAGUCCGCGUCCCGUGACUGUUGUGUCGCUCUCGGGCGUGAUGGCGGCGUAG